AUGCGAGGGGCUCCGCCUCCGCAGUUUGACGAAGCCGCAGCCGCGAGUGAUGUCGUCGUAUUGCCUUCCUCGUCAGAAGACAGUCCCACACCGGCACCACGCCUUGCACCAGCGCAGGUGGCACAAUGGACAUUAAAGGAUGUGGAGAACCACAUCUUCUUCGUGGUCUGGGUGUGCGGCAUACCCGUUCAUCUCCGUUACAUUGUGCACCUGCUGGAGCAUAGUGCAGUGAACGCUGGAGGAGGCAGAGACCAGAGCCCUCAUUUCGGAUCGACAAAGGAGUCGCUGACAGCGAUGGCACAGGCAGACGUUCUUGCGCCCGUAUGCCGUCGAGCUGCUGAACUGCGCCAGGUUCUCUCUCGGUGGCCCAUCACGGUCACCCUAUCCGGACUACAAAGCCACGAGUCGUUCUCCGAAGUUGUACCGCUUGGUGUCCUGAGUCAAGUGCCCAAACAUGAGGACGACGGGAUCAGACAUGUCGAGGGCGGCGAGUGUCAGGAAGACUGCGGGAGCUUCAAGCUCACUGCGCCUGCCUUCUCCUCCGCCUCGUGCUCCAUUAUCCAGGCAGGGGCUGUUACGCCUGCGGAGCGCUUUGACAAUGUGGCAGCGCUGGCCUUGUGCUCGCCAGCAGAGCGAGGCGGUGUGUCGCCGACCUCAGCGCCAAGCGCCACGUGGUGUGGGCAGGCGUACUGGACGGCGUUGACGCAAGCGCAGCAGUGGAUAGCCGAGUGGCCCUCGUUCUCCAGCGGCUCCUUGGGCCACACCAACUCGCUCGGCGGUACUGGCGCCACGUCCGCUUCUUCAUGGCCCCCUCUACGACCGGCAUGUACACUCUCCGCUUCCAGACGAAAACACCUUCGAGGCGGUGGCGCGCCGAUCACUGACAGCGUUGUAGUCGUGGACGCCGACGAGGGGGAAACGCGAGAGAGCGCUGGAGGCGCCGGCUCCACUUCCAGCACCGCCGACAACAUCGUGCCUAAUUCAAAGGUGCAGCUACGUGAGGAAGCUGAAGUUGUUGUCAUAGACAGCGACGAAGACAUCCUGUGA